CGGCCUCUCCCUCACCGAUUCCGCGCCCGGAGCCCCGGUCACCAUCGCCUGCCUCGAGCGAUGCAAGGCUCUCGGGGCAUGCAUGUCCGUCACUUUAUUCUACGGAAAAUCGGAAUGUUUUGGGCUAAUGAAGGACGACACUGUCCUGGGCUCUCCUUAUGAUCGGGUAGGAGAACAAGUCGACGAUGAACAGGAGCUCGAGCAGGACGCGACGGCGGCGGUUUUCAAGAAAAUUUGCAUGGAUGUUCCGGAGGAAGCUUCCGGCAAGCUUUGGUCAACGGAAAGAAUCAAAGGCGCCGUUUUAGUUGGAUUUCACGAUAAAUUGAUACCUCGGCUUAUAACCAGAAAGCAAUGUGCCUGGUCUUGCAUUCAUGAAAGAAGUUUUACGUGUAGAUCGGCUACUUUUCAAAUAGUAGGUGCCGGGGAACGAGAUCCCAACAUGGACGGACCAUAUGCCGCAACUGAAAACCCUUUUUCAGUGGCCCCUUUGCCAGAUAUUCAACAAGACUUACGAGCCACUGGGGGCACAGCCGAAAUAUUAGGCAGGUGCACUUUAAGUCGAGAAGACAAAUAUACUCAACCGGAGAGUUUUCGAGUUUCGAAUAUGGAUUUUGAAUAUAUUGAGAACGAAUGCGUGGAAAUACUUUCGACUGACGAAUUCUGUUCAUAUGAGGAAUUCACAAACAGUACUUUCCUACAUUCAGAUGUUCAAUAUUUAGCAUUGAACAAGUCAGAGUGCCAGCAUGCAUGUCAAAACGAAGCCAAAUUUGUAUGUCGAGGUUACACAAUUUGGGAAAACCAUUGCCUGCUACAUAGUGCUGAUGCUUUGGCUCUUGGACCACGCCUGGUACGAAAAUUAAACGGCGCAGUCUAUAUGCAUAGAGUGAAAUGCCUCAAUAUGUCGGUCAGUUGCGACGGACUUGAGUUACGAGUUUUGUUCAAGUCGACGCUGCCGUUUCGCGGGCGAUUGUACGCGAGCGGCUAUUCGGACUUCUGCGGCGUGCAAGGCCGCGGCAGCAAAGAGACUCUGCUCAGAAUACCUCUCUCCGCUGGUUCAGGAAGACCAGAGCGAUGCGGAAUCACCAGGGCUUUCAGCAGAGCGGAACGAAAUAGGACCCUCCUUAGUACUUUAUUGGUUGUCCAGAACAAUCCGAUAAUUCAAACUCAAGGUGAUCGUCUUGUCAGAGUCGGAUGCGUGCUGGACGAAUCUGGGAAACAAGAAUUCUUCACGCCGAAUGAUGCUACUUUGCACGGAGCCGUUACGUUCGAUGAUAAUCAGCCAAUGCCAAGCCAAGGAUCCAUUGUAAUAAAUUCAAGUGCCGCAACACCUGCAGUAACUCUGAGUCUGCUUGAUACCGAUUUAAAUAUUGCUCAAGACGCUCAACUUGGACAACGACUCGAAAUGAGGAUCGAAAUUACUCCUGCUGAUGGGCCUUACGAUGUCCGUGCUAUAAAUUUAAUAGCACGUUCAGAGGACGGCCGUGCUUCCAUUCUCUUGUUGGACAAUCGAGGCUGUCCAACAGAUGAAAAAGUUUUUCCUGCCCUUCAAGAAAUAAGAACAGCUCAUUCGAAGCUUUUGCUCGGAAGAUUCCAAGCUUUCAAAUUUACUGGAUAUCCUGUAGUGCAAUUUAGCGCUCUAGUUAAAUUUUGCUUGAGGCAAUGCCCACCGCUGCAAUGUGAUGAAAUUCAAAUCGCAAGAGAAAGACGAUCGUCAUCCCAAGAAACAAAUAAUGUUACAAUAUCAGAUCAAGAAGCAGAAAUAGUCCAUUCAGCCCAAACUUCAACAGAAGUACCAAUGAUGAUGAACAGUGAAAUACCAGUACAGUUUAAAAUAAUUGUUUACGAGCCGGAAGUUAUUCAAGAUAAAUUAAUAUAUGGAGAAAACCAACAGAUUUUAUUGGCUGGAGUUGACGACAGUCAUCAUGUAGUUUGUAUCGAUCAAACUCUCAUCAUAUGUAUAAUUGUGGUAUGGUUACUUCUCCAAUUCAUUCUUUUAGCUGGUUGUAUAACAGUAAUUAGACGAUAUAAAAAGUAUGCCGAUAUCGACUAUGAUAGAAGUUCUUUCGGACAAAUAAAUGAUAACAUGGCAUUUGGAUAUCCAAGCUUAAGCCGAAGAGUCACAUGGGCAGAUCAUCGGGAUUCUCAAAAUAUAAUGCACACGUGAUAA